AUUUCCUCCAGCAGCAGGCCUCGCAGAGCUCCACCACACACACACGCGCAAAAACAUACACACAUAUGCAGACCGAGUACGGACAAACGUCAAAGCAAAGCCGCGUCUGGGAUUGUCUAACCUCAACGCCGCUAAACCUGGACCCCCACCCCCCAACCUUAGGAGUCAUCCUAAUGGGCCUUCAUCGCUAAUUUGCAGCAACAUCUGGUCGACACCACAGCGGUAUCUUUUGAGAGGCUGCACCCACCCAAUCUUUUUUGGGAUCAAUUUGGGAUUACUGUGUGCUCAGCUCUGAUGGUACUAGCUGAACAGUGACCGCUACCUGCCCGAGGACACCUGCUGCCCAAUUCCCUUCAUCAUGUCUGGGAUGCACGCACCAUGGUCGACUGGCACAGAGUGUGUAGCCAAGUACAACUUCCAGACUGCCAACGAACAGGACCUGCCUUUCUGUAAAGGAGAUUUACUGACCAUCAUCGGAGCCACCAGGGAUCCCAACUGGUACAGAGCGAGGAACACAGUGGGCAGAGAGGGCACCAUCCCGGCUAACUAUGUCCAGAAAAGGGAAGGAGUCAAGUCAGGAGGGAAGCUCAGUCUUAUGCCCUGGUUCCACGGGAAGAUAACCCGGGAGCAGGCCGAGCGGCUCCUCUACCCUCCGGAGACGGGCUUGUUCCUGGUGAGGGAGAGCACCAACUACCCCGGCGAUUACACCCUGUGCGUCAGCUGCGACGGCAAGGUGGAGCACUACCGCAUCAUCUACCACAACGGCAAGCUCACCAUCGACGAGGAGGAGUACUUCGAGAACCUCAUGCAGCUGGUUGAGCACUACACCAAAGACGCCGAUGGCCUUUGCACCCGGCUGAUCAAACCCAAGUUGAUGGAGGGAACGGUGGCAGCACAAGACGAGUUCUCCAGGAGCGGCUGGGCCUUGAACAGAAAGGAGCUGAAACUCCUGCAGACUAUUGGCAAAGGGGAGUUUGGAGAUGUGAUGGUAGGAGACUACAGAGGGAACAAGGUGGCGGUCAAGUGCAUCAAAAACGACGCAACGGCGCAGGCUUUCAUCGCCGAGGCCUCCGUCAUGACGCAACUGAGGCACAACAACCUGGUGCAGUUGCUAGGUGUAAUAGUCGAGGAGAGGGGCAGUCUCUACAUCGUCACGGAGUACAUGGCCAAGGGCAGCCUAGUGGACUACCUGCGCUCCCGAGGACGGACCGUGCUCGGCGGAGACUGCUUACUCAAGUUCUCGCUUGACGUGUGCGAAGCCAUGGAGUACCUGGAAGCCAGCAACUUCGUCCACAGAGACCUGGCGGCCCGCAACGUGCUGGUGUCCGACGACAACAUCGCCAAGGUCAGCGACUUCGGCCUCACCAAGGAGGCGUCCUCCAUACAGGACACGGGCAAGCUGCCCGUCAAGUGGACCUCCCCUGAGGCAAUAAGAGAGAAGAGGUUUUCCACCAAAUCAGACGUUUGGAGUUACGGAAUCCUGCUUUGGGAGAUCUACUCUUUCGGGCGCGUGCCUUACCCUAGAAUUCCGCUGAAAGAGGUGGUGCCCCGGGUGGAGAAGGGAUACAAGAUGGACGCCCCGGACGGCUGCCCGCCCGUGGUGUACGACUUGAUGAAGCAGUGCUGGACCCUGGACUCUGUCGUGCGGCCCUCCUUCCGCAUGCUGAGGGACAAGCUGCAGCAUAUCAGAGCCAAGGAGCUCUACCUGUGAAGAGGAGACACAGGGGGGGGAGGGUGAGACACAGUGGUGGGAGGAGGAGGAGGAGGAGGAGGAAAAGAAGAAGAAGAAGAAGA